AUGGUACUUUCCCGCUCCCUUUUUCGUCAAUUCCAGCGUCCUGCUGCCUCCCUCUUCGCCUCUCGUCCCUUGAGGGCGGCGCCGGCGCCUGUCUUUUCUGGAAUCCGUACGCUGACCGCAACUGCUGCCCAACAGGGUAAAGUCUUGUUGGUCCUCUACGAUGGUGGCGAGCACGCCAAGCAGGAGCCUGCUCUUCUCGGAACCACCGAGAACGAACUUGGUAUCCGCAAGUGGCUCGAGGACCAGGGCCACACUCUCGUGACUACUUCCGACAAGGAAGGCGAGAACUCGACCUUUGACAAGGAAUUGGUCGACGCCGAAGUCAUCAUCACCACCCCUUUCCACCCUGGCUACCUCACUGCUGAGCGUCUGGCCAAGGCCAAGAAGCUCAAGAUUGCCAUUACUGCUGGUAUCGGUUCCGACCACGUCGACCUGAACGCUGCCAACAAGACCAACGGUGGUAUCACCGUUGCUGAAGUCACCGGAUCCAACGUGGUCUCUGUCGCCGAGCACGUUGUCAUGACUAUCCUGACCCUCGUCCGCAACUUUGUCCCUGCCCACGACCAAGUUCGUAACGGUGACUGGAACGUCGCUGCUGUCGCCAAGAACGAGUAUGACUUGGAGGGCAAGACCGUCGGUACCGUCGCUGUUGGCCGAAUUGGCGAGCGUGUUCUGCGCCGCCUCAAGCCCUUUGACUGCAAGGAGCUUCUCUACUACGACUACCAGCCCUUGAAGCCUGAGGUUGAGAAGGAGAUUGGUGCUCGCCGCGUUGACACCCUCGAGGAGUUGGUCGCCCAGUGUGAUGUCGUUACCAUCAACUGCCCUCUUCACGAGAAGACCCGCGGUCUGUUCAACAAGGACCUCAUUGCCAAGAUGAAGCCCGGCUCAUGGCUCGUCAACACUGCCCGUGGUGCCAUCGUUGUCAAGGAGGAUGUCGCCGAGGCUCUGAAGAGCGGUCACCUGCGCGGAUACGGUGGUGAUGUGUGGUUCCCCCAGCCUGCGCCCAAGGAUCACCCUCUGCGUUAUGCCGAGCACCCAUGGGGCGGUGGCAACGCCAUGGUGCCUCACAUGUCUGGUACUUCGAUUGAUGCCCAGGUACGCUAUGCCAAGGGUACCAAGGACAUUCUUGACAGCUACUUCUCUGGUCGCCACGACUACCGCCCUGAGGAUUUGAUUGUUUACCAGGGUGACUAUGCCACCAAGGCUUAUGGCCAGCGCAAGAAAUCUCGACUCGCCCCAAUGACAGGGGAUUCUCGAUUUGUAUUUGUUGGUGACACGCCCUUCGUCGUUCAGAAACCGCUUAUCCAAGCCACAUCAGAUCUCUUCAAGGACACCGAGGUCGAACACCUGCCUGACGAAAAGCCCAACGACUUCAACAAAUAUCUCAGCUGGGCAGAAGGAAAAGGCAUCCCUGACGAAGAAGACUCAAACCCCCGAUGGUGGAAUUCUGCAGGCAACGACGAUGAUGACGACGACGACGACGACGACACAUGGCUAGAUCUUGGGGGUCUGUGGUUCUUUGGCGGCCGUAUCGGCGCGCGCCAAUUCCAAGACGCGGUGAUUAUUAAAUGUAUGGAAAAACGGCGGUGUAAAACGAAUCCGCUCAACGACUUGACCGUGGAUCAUUUCUUCAGCUCGCUGUUUCCAGAAAAGACGCCGUUUCACACGUUUCUGGUGGAUACGUGUUUCAUGACGAUGAUUGAUGAGGAUGAAAUGUCAGAGUACGAUAAUAUGGUCUUUCAGAUGGCGUGCAGUGCCAGACAGGCGUUUUUGUCCGAGGUCAUUUCGAAAAUGAUGAUAGAGAAGAGAAAAAGGGAAAAACGAAAACGAGAAGGAAACGAAGAUACCGAAGAGUCUGAAAACCCAGCGAUUAGAAUGAACGUUCUCUUUGACUACAUUGUCUCGUCUUCGCCUCCGUAUGACGACAAAAAAUCACCCGCUGCUAGAAGGGCUGAUGAUAGCAGCGACGAGGACGAGAGGGGCAGCACUCGUAUGCGUGGCUCGGUGAAGCUGGAUCUGAUUAAGCGGGUUCUCAAGAAUGGAACUGUGGAUUGA